GUUCGCUUCAGCGCUUCAAGCUGCACUGCUCUCCCAACUCGCUUGACUUGUCGCACGCUCCAGCCAGUUCGAUCGCAAUUGCUCUCUUCAGUGAAUUCUCGCCGCCUCCCACGUGAGAGGUCGCAGCUCUGCAACUCAGUGACCAUGCCGCCCAAGCAGGCUACUCUGGGGAAGUUCUUCGGCAAGAACGGCGCACCAGCGAAGCAGCAGUCGAAGCUAUCCUUCUCCACCAAGACCAAGACCGGGAGGAAAGAUGCAGAACCGAAAGAAGAAGCCGAAUCCUCGCCGGCAGAGGUGGAACCAGAGCCCAGUGGAAGGGCAGGGUCGAAUGCGGAGGCCAAAGAAGAAGUAAAUGGCGAGGCAAUGGAGGUAGACAGUGCACCCGCUGAGGCUGGUAAGAAGCGACAAGCCAAGGAGGAAGAGGAAGAUUCGGAGGAUGAGCCUCCCACAAAGCGACUGCGAAGGAAACCUGCAAAGGAGACCAAAUCCAAAAAGGCUAAGCCAGCGCCAAAGAAAGUUGACAAGCCCGCUGCGACACCGAAGCAGACAGUUGCCGCACCAAAAGCCGUUAAGGACGAACUAGAGGAGGAGGAGAAGAAGAAGGAGGAGGAUGAGGAGGAUGAGGAGGCAUCGAAGCCAACGAAGGCUGCAAAGGGCAAGAACGAGGCACGAAAGUCACCAACACCAGUCGCAGAGGACGAUGCCAUGUCGGAUGGGAAAGAAGAGGAAGAAGAUAUACUCAGCUCAGGUGAAGAGCCCGAGGAGGUCAAGACGAAGGCCCGUAAGAAGGUCCAGACUACACUCACCUCGAACACGAAGGAUCUGUAUCCGGAUUGGAAACCUGGUGAGCCAGUGCCGUACGCUGCGCUCUGCACGACAUUCUCCAAAAUCGAGAUGACAACGAAGCGACUCGAGAUCAUGGCCCACUGUUCGCUCUUUCUGCGUCAAGUGAUGCGAUUGACCCCUUCAGACCUCCUACCAACGGUCAUGCUCAUGAUCAACAAGCUUGCAGCAGAUUACGCCGGUAUCGAACUCGGAAUCGGCGAGUCGUUGAUCAUGAAAGCUGUCUCAGAGAGUACCGGGCGAAGCCUGCAGCACAUCAAGAGCGACCAACAAGAGAUUGGUGAUCUUGGUUUGGUGGCAGCGAAGAGUCGAUCGAAGCAGCCCACCAUGUUCAAGCCUAAACCUUUGACAGUGGCAGGUGUCCACAAAGGUCUGAUGGCUAUUGCCACUACCACCGAAGGUCAGGGUGCUCAAGGACGGAAGGUCGAUGGCAUCAAGAAACUGUUAUCAGCAGCCGACGCGCACAACGCUGGAAAACACGUCGAUAUCGAGGAGAACAAGGGUGGUGCGAGUGAAGCGAAGUUCAUCGUCCGAACGUUGGAGGGUAAGCUUCGUCUGGGACUCGCGGAGAAGACCGUGGUAGUGUCGCUUGCGCAAGCGGUGAAGUUCCAUGAGAUGUCACAGAAGGGCAAGACACCGUCCACGGCGGACUUGGCAGAAGCUGAGUCGACGCUGAAGACUGUCUACAGCGAGCUCCCCAGCUACGAGGUAAUUGUCCCUGCAAUGCUCGCGCAUGGUCUGUCAAAUCUUCGCGAGAACUGCAGGUUACAACCUGGUGUACCGUUGAAGCCUAUGCUUGCGAAACCGACAAAGUCAAUCACCGAAGUACUCGAUCGUUUUGAAGGCAAGGACUUUACAUGCGAGUACAAGUACGAUGGCGAGCGGGCACAGAUACAUUUCGUUGCACACGACGCCGCGAUAGAUAUGGCGACAGCAGCUCCUUCGGCUGGUACAAGUGAUCGUGGUGUGUCCAAUAUCUUCUCGCGCAAUUCAGAAGACUUGUCGAAGAAGUACCCAGACAUCCUUGCGAAGCUGCCGACCUGGGUCAAGGAAGGGACGAAGAGCUUUGUCCUCGACUGCGAGACCGUUGCCUGGGACAUGGUCGAGAAGAAGGUUCUACCCUUCCAGCAACUAAUGACACGAAAGAGGAAGGAUGUCAAGGUCGAGGAUGUGAAGGUAAAAGUCUGCGUCUUCGCUUUCGACAUCCUCUAUCUUAAUGGCGAGGCCCUCGUAACGAAAUCCUUCCGCGAGCGCCGCGAAGCCUUGAACAGCGCCUUCAUUCCCGUCGAAGGCGAGUUCGCGCUCGCCAAAUUCGGCAACACAAACGACCUCGACACCAUCCAAACGCUCCUUGAAGACUCCGUAAAAGAAGGCUGCGAAGGCCUCAUGGUCAAGAUGCUCGACGGGCCCGAAUCCUACUACGAGCCCUCCAAGCGCUCGCAGAACUGGCUCAAGGUCAAAAAGGACUACCUCGCUGGCGUCGGCGACUCGCUCGAUCUGGUCGUGCUAGGUGCUUACUACGGCAAGGGCAAGAGAACGAGCUGGUAUGGUGCGUUUUUGCUUGCGUGCUACAAUCCGAAUACAGAGAAGUACGAGACGGUGUGCAAUAUCGGCACAGGUUUCUCGGAAGCUAUCCUCGAGCAAUUCCACAAACAACUCUCGGAUAUCGUUAUCGACCGCCCAAAACCAUUCUACACGCACAGCGCCGGCAACAAAGACCAGCCUGAUGUAUGGUUCGAGCCGCGGUACGUGUGGGAAGUCAAGACUGCCGAUUUGACCCUAUCUCCAAGGUAUAAGGCGGCGGCUGCGGAGGUCGGCGGUGGUGGCAAGGGUGUAUCGCUGAGGUUUCCGAGGUUCAUCAAGGAGAGGGAUGAUAAGAAACCGGAUCAAGCGUCCAGUGCGAGGAUGAUCGCCGAGAUGUAUCAAAGACAGGAGAGUGUGGGGAAGAGUAAGGGGCCGAGUGUUGAUGAUGAUUUUGAAUAUUAGUGAAAGGUUGGGAAGAGGUGUAGGAUAUAUUGUGAAGAGAAGAGUAAGGGGCCGAGUGUUGAUAACGAUUUUGAGUAUUAGUGAAGGGUUGGGAAGGCCUUAGGAUAUAUCGUGAAAGGAAUAUGAAUGAAGAGCAG